UUAAUUUUGAAGGAAAGUCUAUGUUCAUUUUAUAUAAUUAUAACUUUGUUUUAAAUUAUUAAACAUGAAACACUUCUGUGUGUUAUUCUAUGUUAUUAGGGUUAUCUUUAAAAAUAAGCAUCAAUAAUACAAUUUAUCUGGUUAGCCAUAUCUGGAAUGAUUUAAAAAGAAAAAUCCAGCUCAGUAAGUUUAUUGAGUUAUGACACUGAGGGAAUUUGGAAGAAAGAUGACAAGAAAAGGAAUUUAUUGUAUCAAUGGAGUACUUAUUCAUCCUUUCAGCGAGCAUUGAUUUAGCACCUGGUCGGUAUCAGGUGGGCAUCGUGCUACAUUCUAGUGAUACAAAGAAAAAAAAAGAAAAAGGAAGGCAGGGUUCCUGCCUUGAAGGAACUUCCGUUCCAAACCAUGACAUUAGGGGAAGGGAACAAAGUGGAUGUAACAUAGAUGUGAAUACAAAUCACAUGUGGGGAUUUGGGAAGGUGAGGUACCAGGAGCAGCUGAGGAAUUCUGGGAUGUGGAAGUGAGAAGAAAAAAAAAGUAUCUUCCGUGCACGGAACAGGCCGCCGGGCGUGAAGUGAGAGGCCGUGUGGUGUGCACGUGCACAGGGAGGAAAGAAGGGGCCAGAGUCAUCCCUGAGCACGUGCUUGCUCUUGUCCGUCUCUCUAGUCUGGUACCCCCAGGGUGGGGGUGAUUUUAUUUUGGUCUUUGUACCUCCUCUCUGUAGUUGGCAAUUGGCAGGUAUUUGUUGCAUGGAAUACGAUUUCUAGAUCCCAAGUCCUUGAGCUCAUCAGAGGGACGAGAGGGAUCCACUUGGAUACAAAGUGGCCGCCCCGCGGUCUCUGCUCUGGGAAGAAGAACACGCCAUCCCUUUCAUUCGGCUGAGCUCUUUCUCAUCUCGGACGGGUCGGCGAUUUGCCGUUUCGUGGCGUCGUCAGUCCUGCUGCUCUCCGGCUUAAAGUAUCUCUUCUCUUUUAUAUUCCCAGGCAUACUUCCGACAGGGUGUUGCCCUCCAGUAUCUUGGACGCCAUGCAGAUGCUCUGGCAGCCUUUGCAUCAGGCUUGGCCCAGGAUCCCAAGAGUCUGCAGCUUCUCGUUGGGAUGGUGGAAGCGGCCAUGAAAUCUCCCAUGCGAGAGUCCCUCGAGCCCACCUACCAGCAGCUUCAGAAGAUGAAACUGGACAAGAGCCCCUUCGUGGUGGUGUCGGUGGUCGGCCAGGAGCUGCUGACGGCCGGCCAUCACGGUGCCUCCGUGGUGGUCCUGGAAGCCGCCCUCAAGAUCGGCACGUGCAGCCUGAAGCUCAGGGGCUCCGUGUUCUCCGCCCUGAGCAGCGCCUACUGGUCCCUGGGCAACACAGAGAAAAGCACUGGCUAUAUGCAACAGGAUCUGGAUGUGGCCAAGACCUUAGGUGACCAGACGGGCGAAUGCCGGGCUCACGGCAAUUUGGGCUCGGCAUUCUUCUCCAAAGGAAACUACCGGGAGGCCCUCACGAACCACAGACACCAGCUGGUGCUGGCCAUGAAGCUCAAGGACCGAGAGGCCGCCUCUUCCGCCCUGAGCAGCCUGGGCCACGUCUACACGGCCAUCGGCGACUACCCCAACGCCCUGGCCAGCCACAAGCAGUGCGUGCUCCUGGCCAAGCAGUCCAAGGAUGAGCUUUCGGAAGCCAGGGAGCUGGGCAACAUGGGCGCCGUGUACAUCGCCAUGGGCGACUUCGAGAACGCCGUGCAGUGCCACGAGCGGCACCUGAAGAUCGCCAAGGAGCUGGGCAACAAGCGGGAGGAGGCGCGGGCCUACAGCAACCUGGGCAGCGCCUACCACUACCGCCGGAACUUCGACAAGGCCAUGUCCUACCACAACUACGUGCUGGAGCUGGCCCAGGAGCUGCUGGAGAAGGCCAUCGAGAUGCGCGCCUACGCCGGCCUGGGCCACGCCGCCCGCUGCAUGCAGGACCUGGAGAGGGCCAAGCAGUACCACGAGCAGCAGCUGGACAUCGCCGAGAGCCUCAAGGACCGAGCGGCCGAGGGCCGGGCCUCCUCCAACCUGGGAAUCAUCCACCAGAUGAAGGGCGACUACGACGCGGCCCUGAAGCUGCACAAGGCGCACCUGUCCAUCGCCCAGGAGCUGAACGACUACGCGGCCCAGGGCCGCGCCUACGGCAACAUGGGCAACGCCUACAACGCGCUGGGCCUCUACGACCAGGCCGUCAAGUACCACCGGCAGGAGCUGCAGAUCUCCAUGGAGGUCAACGACCGCGCCUCGCAGGCCUCCACGCACGGGAACCUGGCCGUGGCCUACCAGGCCCUGGGCGCCCACGACCGCGCGCUGCAGCACUACCAGAACCACCUGAACAUCGCCCGGGAGCUGCGGGACGUGCAGAGCGAGGCGCGCGCCCUCAGCAACCUGGGCAACUUCCACUGCUCGCGCGCCGAGUACGCGCAGGCGGCGCCCUACUACGCGCAGUACCUGCGGCUCUCGCCCGAGCUGCAGGACAUGGAGGGCGAGGGCAAGGUCUGCCACAACCUGGGCUACGCCCACUACUGCCUGGGCAACUACGCCGAGGCCGUCAAGUACUACGAGCAGGACCUGGCCCUGGCCAAGGACCUGCACGACAAGCUCAGCCAGGCCAAGGCCUACUGCAACCUGGGCCUGGCCUUCAAGGCGCUGCUGAACCUGGCCAAGGCCGAGGAGUGCCAGAAGUACCUGCUCUCCCUGGCCCAGGCCCUCAACAACCCCCAGGCCAAGUUCCGGGCCCUGGGCAACCUGGGGGACAUCUUCGUCUGCAAGAAGGACGUGGCCGGCGCCAUCAAGUUCUACGAGCAGCAGCUGGGCCUGGCGCACCACGUGCAGGACCGGCGGCUGGAGGCCGGCGCCUACGCGGCCCUGGGCACGGCCUACCGGCUGGCGCAGAAGCACGACAAGGCGCUGGGCUACCACACGCAGGAGCUCGAGGUCUGCCAGGAGCUGGGCGACCUGCCGGGCGAGGGCCGCGCCCACGGCCACCUGGCCGCCGUCUACAUGGCCCUGGGCAAGUACUCGAUGGCCUUCCAGUGCUACCGCGAGCAGCUGGAGCUGGGCCAGAAGCUCAAGGACCCCGGCGUGGAGGCGCAGGUCUACGGCAACAUGGGCAUCACCAAGAUGAACAUGAACGUGGUGGAGGAGGCCAUCGGCUACUUCGAGCAGCAGCUGGCCACGCUGCAGCAGCUCAGCGGCAACGAGGCCGUGCUGGACCGCGGCCGGGCCUACGGCAACCUGGGCGACUGCUACGAGGCGCUGGGGGACUUCGAGGAGGCCGUCAAGUACUACGAGCAGUACCUGUCGGUGGCGCAGAGCCUGAACCGCAUGCAGGACCAGGCCAAGGCCUACCGGGGCCUGGGGAACGGGCACAGGGCCAUGGGGAGCCUGCAGCAGGCGCUCGUGUGCUUCGAGAAGAGGCUGGUGGUGGCCCACGAGCUGGGGGAGGCCUCCAACAAGGCGCAGGCCUACGGCGAGCUGGGCAGCCUGCACAGCCAGCUGGGCAACUACGAGCAGGCCAUCUCGUGCCUGGAGCGCCAGCUGAACCUGGCCCGGGACAUGAAGGACCGCGCCCUGGAGAGCGACGCCGCCUGCGGCCUGGGCGGCGUCUACCAGCAGAUGGGCGACUACGACACGGCCCUGCGCUACCACCAGCUGGACCUGCAGAUCGCCGAGGAGACCCACAACGCCACGGGCCAGGGCCGCGCCUACGGCAACCUGGGCCUGACCUACGAGUCCCUGGGCACCUUCGAGAGGGCCGUGGUCUACCAGGAGCAGCACCUCAGCAUCGCCGCCCAGAUGAACGACCUGGUGGCCAAGACGGCCUCCUACAGCAGCCUGGGCCGCACGCACCACGCGCUGCACAACUACUCGCAGGCCGUCAUGUACCUGCAGGAAGGUCUGAGGCUGGCCGAGCAGCUGGGCCGGAGGGAGGACGAAGCCAAGAUUCGCCACGGCCUCGGCCUCUCCCUCUGGGCCAGCGGAAACCUGGAGGAGUCCCAGCACCAGCUCUACAGAGCCUCGGCCCUGUUUGAAACGAUCCGCCACGAGGUGCAGCUGAGCACGGACUACAAGCUGUCGCUGUUUGACCUGCAGACGUCCUCCUACCAGGCCCUGCAGCGGGUGCUCGUCAGCCUCGGCCAUCAUGACGAAGCCCUGGCCGUGGCAGAGAGGGGCAGGACCAGGGCGUUUGCCGAUCUCCUGGUGGAACGUCAGACCGGCCACCAGGACUCCGACCCGUACUCGCCAGUGACGAUUGACCAGAUCUUAGAGAUGGUGAAUGGCCAGCGGGGACUCGUGCUCUACUACUCCCUGGCAGCAGGCUACCUGUACAGCUGGCUGCUCGCUCCCGGGGCAGGAAUUCUCAAGUUUCACGAAUACUAUUUGGGCGAUAACAUGGCGGAGAACUGCAGCGACUUCCAGGAAACCAGCAGCGUGCUUCUGCAGACGGCCACCGGCUCCGGCCUGGAGCAGCACAUCGCCAGCGUGCGGGAGGCCUUGGGGGUGGACUCCUAUUACACCAGACCCUGUGCCAGCAGCGAGACGGAGAGCGAGGCCGGAGACAUCAUGGACCAGCAGUUUGAGGAGAUGAGCAGCAAGCUCGCCUCCGUCACUGACCCCACCGGCUUCCUGAGGAUGGUCAGCCGGAAUCACCUCUUCAACCGGAGCUGCCACAGCAUGACCAGCUUGUUCAGCAACACCGUGUCCCCCGUUAAGGAUGGGACAUCCUCGCUCCCCAGAAGGCCCAGCUCCCUCAGCAAGCCCCCGCUCCGGGCUCUCUACGACCUGCUCAUAGCGCCCAUGGAAGGGGGCCUGAUGCACUCCAGCGGGCCCGUGGGGCGCCAUCGGCAGCUGGUCCUGGUGCUGGAAGGAGAGCUGUACCUCAUUCCUUUUGCCCUCCUGAAAGGGAGCUCCUCCAACGAGUAUCUGUACGAGCGCUUCACCCUCAUCGCAGUGCCCUCCAUCCGGGCCCUGGGCCCCAACUCCAAGUCCCACCUGAGGAAGAGCGCGCCCGCCUUCUCCAGCUCCACCUCGAUGGCGGCCGUCAUCGGCAACCCCAAGCUGCCCUCGGCCGUCAUGGACCGCUGGCUGUGGGGGCCGGUGCCCUCGGCGGAGGAGGAGGCCUACAUGGUGUCGGAGCUGCUGGGCUGCCAGCCGCUGGUGGGCGCGGUGGCCACCAAGGAGCGGGUCAUGAGCGCGCUGAGCCAGGCCGAGUGCGUGCACUUCGCCACCCACAUCUCCUGGAAGCUGUCGGCCCUGGUGCUGACGCCCAACGCCGAGGGCACCCCCGGGGGCAGCCGCAGCUCCUUCGGCAACCCCUACACCAUCCCCGAGUCCCUGCGCGUGCAGGACGACGCCAGCGACGCCGAGAGCAUCUCGGACUGCCCGCCCCUGCAGGAGUUCCUGCUCACGGCCGCCGACAUCCUGGACCUGCGGCUCCCGGGCAAGCUGGUGGUGCUGGGCUCCUACCAGGAGUCGGGCGGCAGGGUCACGGCCGACGGCGUCAUCGGCCUGACCCGGGCCUUCCUGGCGGCCGGCGCCCAGUGCGUGCUGGUGUCGCUGUGGCCCGUGCCCGUGGCCGCCUCCAAGAUGCUGAUCCACGCCUUCUACUCCUCCCUGCUGAACGGGCUGCGGGCCAGCGCCGCCCUGGGCGAGGCCAUGAAGGGGGUGCAGAGCAGCAAGCAGUUCUCGCACCCGUCCAACUGGGCAGGCUUCCUGCUCAUCGGCAGCGACGUGAAGCUCAACAGCCCCUCGUCCCUCAUCGGCCAGGCCCUGACGGAGAUCCUGCAGCACCCGGAGAGAGCCCGAGACGCCCUGCGCGUGCUGCUGCACCUGGUGGAGAAGUCCCUGCAGCGGAUUCAGAACGGGCAGCGCAACGCCAUGUACACCUCCCAGCAGAGCGUGGAGAACAAGGUGGGCGGCAUCCCCGGCUGGCAGGCGCUCCUCACCGCCGUGGGGUUCAGGCUGGACCCUCCGGCCAGCGGGCUGCCCGCUGCCGUCUUCUUCCCGACUUCUGACCCCGGCGAGCGGCUCCAGCAGUGCAGCACCACCCUGCAGUCCCUCCUGGGGCUGCCGUCCCCCGCCCUCCAGGCCCUGUGCAAACUCAUCACUACCUCGGAAGCUGGAGAACAACUCAUCAGCCGGGCUGUUAAAAAUAUGGUUGGAAUGCUCCACCAGGUCUUGGUCCAGCUCCAAGCCGGAGAGAAGGAACAGGAUUUCUCCUCGGCUCCGAUCCAAGUCUCCAUCAGUGUCCAGCUCUGGCGGCUCCCCGGCUGUCACGAGUUCCUGGCAGCCCUCGGUUUUGACCUCUGUGAAGUUGGCCAGGAAGAGGUGAUUCUGAAAACUGGAAAACAAGCCAAUCGAAGAACCAUACAUUUUGCUCUCCAGUCCCUGCUGUCUCUCUUUGAUUCCACAGAGCUCCCGAAACGCCUCAGUCUGGACAGCUCCUCAUCCCUGGAGUCUCUGGCCUCGGCGCAGUCCAUCUCCAACCAGGCUCCUUUGGGGUACCCGAACCCUCCGUUUUCCCCAACUUGCCCGGAGAGCGUGGCCUCGGACGCCAUUUCCGUGUACAGCCUGAGUUCCAUCGCCUCUUCCAUGAGUUUUGUUUCCAAGCCUGAGGGCACCCUGGAAGGUGUAGGGUCCAGAGGGCGACAGGACGGAGAAAAGCCCAAGAACCCCUCUUGCCAGCGGCCUUCUGCUCCGAGGAGCCAGCUGUCUCCACAGAGCAGCACGGCAGCCGGCAAAGAGGAAGAAGAAUAUGAAGGAUUCUCCAUCAUUAGCAACGAGCCCUUGGCCACUUACCAAGAAAAUGUAAAAACGAGAUUUUCACCAGAUCCCAAACAGAACAAAGUCGGGCCGCCCGGGGGCAUUAAAUUAUCCAUCAGCUCCAAAGGCAGCAUAAGCACCCCCAAUUCUCCCGUGAAAAUGACUCUUAUUCCCAGCCCAAACUCACCUUUCCAAAAAGUCGGGAAACUUGCGAGUUCCGAUACUGGCGAAUCCGACCAGUCUAGCACUGAAACCGAUAGUACUGUUAAAUCCCAAGAGGAAAACGCCCCGAACCUCGAUCCCCAAGAGUUGGCCCAGAAGAUUCUGGAAGAGACCCAGAGCCACCUCCUGGCCGUGGAGCGUCUCCAGCGCAGUGGCGCCCAGGGAGCCCAAAGUGGCCCUGGCGAAGACGGGGCUCCCCCGGCCGGCCCCGGCGCCUUCCGAGCCUCCGAGACGAGUGCGUUCAGCCGGCCCGUGCUCUCCAGCCAGCGGAGCCAGCGUUCAUCCCCGGUGAGCGCCCGGCCCAAGCCCCCCACGAGGAGCUCGUCCCUGCAAAAGGUGAGCUCGGGCUACAGCAGCCCCGCGGCCAAGGAGGGCAGCGGCCGGCCCUCGCCCAGCACCGAUUCUCCCAGCUCUCUCACGGACCAGCCUCACUUUAAACUCAAGUACCCCAGCUCUCCCUACAGCGCCCACAUUUCCAAGUCACCCAGGAACAUGUCGCCGAGCUCCGGGCAGCAGUCGCCCGCCGGCAGCGCUCCUUCUCCGGCUCUGUCUUACUCCUCGGCGGGCUCGGCCCGCUCCAGCCCCGCCGACGCCCCGGAUCUGGACAAGCUGAAGAUGUCGGCCAUCGACGAGAAGGUGCAGGCCAUCCACAACCUGAAGAUGUUCUGGCAGAGCACCCCCCAGCCUCCCCCGGGCCCCGUGAAGAUAUUCCGCGGGGCCCCCGGCACCAUGACUUCCAAAAGGGACGUGCUGAAUCUGCUCAAUUUGUCCCCACGCCACAGCAAAAAGGAGGAGGGGGUAGACAAGCUGGAACUCAAAGAACUCUCCCUGCAGCAGCAGCACCCCGCGUCUCCCCCGGCAAACCCCCCCAAUGGCCACAGACGCUCGGACGCCAGCGCCCCGACCCCUUCCCCGGGGCCGGCAGCCGCCCCCCUGGGGGCCAUGCGUCCCUUGAGACUGCCCUCGGGCAACGGCUACAAGUUCCUCUCCCCAGGGAGGUUUUUCCCUUCCUCCAAAUGUUAACGUGACUUUCCCACGGGUCAACUCCAGGGAGGGUCCCGCGGAGGGCCGCGGGCUCGCUUCGGCCGACUUGCCUUGUUCAAGCGGAAAACCAGCCAGUUUUGCUAAAGACCCAUCAGCUCCGGGGUGAGCGCUGCCCCUCCCCCGCGAUCUCCCGGAGCUGAUUUCCGCCAGAACGUACUCGGCAGCCAGGACAGGGGAUCUUGGGGCGGGGUCUCCCCGCCAUUCACCAAAUGUUAACCUUUGAACUUGCCAAUUCUCAUUCUGGGUCUGAUAAUGAGGGAGGGUUUUUAUACAGAAAUUGUUCAUGGGGGGGAGGGGAGAGGAAAGGGAGCACCUAUUUUGCUAGAGGUAUAUACGUAUACCUUUUGUACACAGAUUUUUUUUAAGGCCUCCAGGUGCUGGUGGAAGUGGGAUCGAGAAAGGUUUUCUUAGAGCCCCCCCAAAAGCGUUCUCUUAGCCAAAAAUAGAUGCCAAUGAUUUGUAAUGAAAUUAGAGAAGUUUGGGUCUCGUAGUCUUGGCCUUUCCCAGCACCAAUGCAAUAAUUCAGGUUAAAACUGUGCUUCCACUCCGAACUUCGGUCAGUCACUCACUAUCUCUCAAAACGUCCCUUUGGGCCCCGCGACGGCAGCCAAACUUGAAUUUUUCUCAAAAUUCAAGAAUCGACCUUAUCCAGGCAUUUUAGAGCUAUGCAAAUACGAUGAAAAUGCAACUUUUAUGCUUUUCAAACAUUUUGGGCCUUUUUUGUACUUGGGUAACUAGAAACAACUUGGUUUUAUUAUGAAUAAUAAUGAUAACACUUUACAUUUAUACAACACUGUUGUUUUUUAAAGCUCAAAACGUUUUCUAAAAAGUGUCUAAAAAGUCUGACUGCUCAUCAACAAGUAGCGGCCAACAAGUUGGGAAGAAAAACGGUUUGAAUUUUCCAUUUUGUUAUAAGCAAAAGAAUGUCGUUUGGCUCAGUAGGUGCAAAGCCGAGGAGUGGGGGGUCGCGGCCUGCGCCCCCACUCUAGCACUCCCCUUCCUCCCCGUCUCUUUGUUCUAACUCCAAGCCUCCCACCUUCCAUGCUAUCCGUUAACUGGUUCACGAUUCAUCCGGGGCUGCUGGGAAGAGGUCCCCUGCCACUCAUGGGCUCCAGUGCCUGUGAGCUGCACCCGGAGCUGGCACAUCGGGCAGAACGUAACAGGAGAGAGGAGCCGGAGGGAGAGAUGGGCCAGGGUCACCGCUGAAGGAAGGAAGGGGAGAUCAACUAUAGGUUGUAUGCAUUAGUCGGGAGGAGAAAUGCCCCCAAUCAUGGAGUCCGUGUAGUGUUGAGUUAGAGAAUUUAAAUAUGUUAACAAGAGUUGAACCCCACCCCCCUUGUCAUUGUCUGUGGGCCGUCCUUGGAUGUGGCAGAGACAUUGUGCUAGUGGGGGGGGGGGGGGGGACUCAAGUUGUCAGAGUACUACCUUCCCUUCUCGCACUAAAUCACUUUAUACCCAUAAACAAGCCACUUAGCCUGACUGUGCCUCAUUUUAUCCAUCUGCAAAAUGGAUGGAAUAAUUGUGGCCCGAUUCGUAUUUUUCACACUAGGAAUUCUUCAGAAGAAAUGCAUCCCAGAAGUACAAGGUAAAGAGCUGAUCAUUUUAAAUUCUCCUCCUGAACACGAUCCAUGUAGGGUUUUGAGGGGCUAUUUUGGGGGGUUUAUAGGGAUCUUGCAUUUAAAAUCAUCAUAGCCAUGUCAAUGAAUGCAAACUCAAAAUCCUCAGAUAUGAAGGCACAUGUUUUUGUAAGCACUCAAGCAACAGGUAGGUUGGUGGGGAGGAUUUUCACUGAUAAUAGAAGCUCCAGUCCCAGAUAAAAGCCAAAUUUACAGCUCUGGGUAUUUGGCCAACAGAAUGAAUGAGAGCUAAACCAUCAAAAAUUAGCCGGAAAGGGGCAGCUAGAUGGCGCAGUGACUAGAGCACAAGUCCUGAAGUCAGGAGGACCUGAGUUCAAAUGUGACCUCAGACACUUAACACUUCCUAGCUGUGUGACCCUGGGCAAGUCACUUAACCCCAAUUGCCUCAGGGGGACAAAAUUAGCCUGAAAGUAAAGAGAGGGUCAUGAGGGGCUGAUUCCCUUACAAUCCUGUUGCUGCCCACUCUCCCCAGCCACGGACCCAGCACCAACACGCGGAUCAGUCAUUGCUACUCCCGGCCCGGAAAUCCCUCAUCCAGGAAGGGACAGGCCAUCUGGGUGAAGUCCCGCGCCCGCUGCAACUGUUUCCAAUGGAAAUGAUACCUGGCCAUAAGCUAGCCGUAAGUGUUCCCAUUUCCGGGCAGCUCUUCCCCUUCAGUGGCCAGGAUGGUAGAGGCAGCUUUUUGCCCCAUGAGAACCUCAGACGCCAUAUGCAAGGUUGAGAAAGAAGCCGGGAAAGUUUCCAGAUAACGCCGCAGAAUCGGGCCGCCCGUCUCCCUCGACGAGCUUCCUUCCCAGAAAUCUGACCCUGCUAAAAAAGAAAGAGAAAGCUACAAACGACAGUUGGGUGCUGACAGGAAGUAAGCUUGGGACAGCUCUGCAUUUAGCACCAAGAUUUGGCGCUGACAGACGGCCGUGUGUAAAUGAUGGGAGCGGACUCCAGCGGAAUGACGCUUGAAGCCACAUUGGGGAGCGGGAUCUCCAUUCGCGAUGCGUGACAUCCUCAUACGGUGGACAGGAUGGACUGGCGUUAAUGUGAAUUCUGAACGACAUUUUCCCCCCUCCCCCAACAGUCCCCCUGCCCUCCGUCCUCCGGUGGAACAAGUGGAGCCCCGACAGGGACCAGAUUUGGGGGGGCUGAAAUUCACCUUUUGUGGCUUGCGCCCGUUUGGAUGGGAUUUGUGUUUGCUUAAAGCCAGAAAGGUGAACCGCCCUACCUGAAUUAUGCUUAUGCUAAAUUAUAAUGUCACUGAAUAUAAUAAGCCUUGCAGGGCCACUCCUCCGAUAAACUUAGCCCUGAGACAGGAAGACUCCCCGCUCUUGCCCUUCGACACCUUUGUGUUCUGCACUUAUCCUACAAGUCAAGUAGCUUCUCACUCUUGUGAUUUUUUGAGCCGAGUGAAAAUAAUAAGAAUGGGUCCCCCAAAUCCAAAUCCAACUUUCUCAUUCCAUUUGGACCAGUGUAUCUCAGCGACAGGUUUCUCUCCCGACCCCCUAAUUUAGCAAACGGCACACAUUGAAAAUCCGGGCCCAGGUGCCUCCCCCCAACAGAUAAUGAAUUGUCGCUCCUCUCCGGAGACCGGCUCUGUCUCCCUCUCCCUCCCUGCCCACCCUGUCUCUCCAAAGCCCCCCAAGAGAGAACUGUCUGCGGUUCAGGUUGGAGUAAUCACCGGGAAUGUUUGUAGUGAAGCCGGAGAAAAGUGGACGUGGAAUCACACUCGUCCCACACGUGGCUAAAGAGACUCUCCGUGUGGUGGCUGAACUGAGCCCUUGUUUUUGCCAGCUCCUUCCGAGAUCCCUGGUCAAGUGCGUCCCUUCUCCAGCCGUGUCCCCAGGUAGCGGCCCCUCCUUGUAUGCAGUGUUAGCCAUGUUUGGCCUGCGUGGACUUUUUUUGUUUGUUUUUUUUGUAAAUUACACUCUGUGUUUCCAGACAGCAUUAAACUUUUUAUAUUAUGAAAUUUACCAUGUAAAAAGAAUUUCAUAUUUUUAUUGAAAUUGCCGAGGCAUUUGGCCUUCUCCCUUUGUGAUUUCAGUGUCUAUUAAAAGCAUGAGCUCUC